AUGUCGCGACCAAAGGGCCAGCUGGCCAAGCCGAUCUUUGCCAAGAUUGCGCCGCACGAAUACCUGGUGGCCAACCUCGCGCGGGAGACGACGGCAGACUCGUCUCCUUUUGGGUCGGGGACGCGGCCCAACGGCCGGUCACCCGAAGAGGCCCGCGCCUUUGACGUGCACACGGGGUCGCUGUCGCAGGCUCACGGCAGCGCUGCCGUCCGUCUCGACCGGACGCGCGUGAUCUGCGGUGUGCGCGCCGAGAUCCUGCCGGUCGACAACAUCCCGCACUACCGGCCGUCGGCCGUGACGACAGCACCGACAGAAGCCGGAUCCGUCUUCAGCCAGGCCGAGAUCGACACGGACAACCGCCGUCAGCUGCGCGACUACGACCUGCUCGUGCCGAACCUCGAACUGGCCACCGGCAGCGCCCCCGAGUUUCUGCCGGGCGGCCCGCCCUCGGUGCUGGCGCAGCCCCUGAGCACCCGCCUGUACUCGCUGCUGCACGCCAGCGGCCUCGUGGACGCCGAGCGGCUCAAGAUCUGGCACCAGCCGCCGUCGUCGCGAUCGACCGACAGCAAAAGCGGCGACGACGAGAUGGACGUGGACGAGAGCGAUGCGGACGAGGCACUCGAUGCGUUUGACCCCGGCCAGGCUACCCAGGGACCCGAGCUCAAGGCGUACUGGACCCUCUACAUCGAUCUGCUCUUCCUCUCGUUCGACGGCAACCCGUUCGAUGCUGCCUGGGCCGCCGUCGUGGCCGCCCUGCGCGACACCCAGCUGCCGCUGGCCCGAUGGGACGCCGAUCGCGGUGAGGUUGUCUGCAGCCCGCAGACCGAGACCGAGUCCGAGCCCGAGACCAACGUCGCCUCCUCUGCGCCCCUGACCCUGCGCGGCCUGCCGGUGGCCACGACCGCCGUGGUCUGCGUCGAGAACAAGAAGAAGCGGCAGCAGGGCGGAGCCCGCUGGAUCUUGCUGGACCCGGACCGCCUCGAGGAGAACCAGUGCCGCGAGACGGUGACGGUGGUAGUCGACCGCAGCGACGGCAGCCAGACGAUGGUGCGGGCUCUGUCCAAGACGGGCGGCGUCUUGGUUGGGCCCCGGGAGCUGCACGCGCUCGUCGCCGCCGCAGAGAAGCGCUGGACCGCCCUCGCAGAGGCGCUGGACAGCGCAAAACCAUGA